AUGUCGAUGAGCGGGUUGGAGGGGAACUCGGAAGAAUACCGUGCACAGCGAUCGUGGAGCCCACAAGACAAGCGAGGACUAGAAAAGAGAUCCAGCAUGGACGGGUACGUGCGCAAGGGCAGGUUCCGCAUACGAGAUGUACCCUCCUCCGAGAGCAAUCCACGCUCGGUGACGUCGGUAACGUCGAUCCGCUCUGCACCUCCUGUCGUCGGCGAAAUGCCAAAACCUGGAGCGAAUGUAUGGAGGCGUUCUGGUGCUGCUUUUGGGCCCGGCGGCGGUUGCGAAGCUUCGCUUGACCAGAGGUCUGACCUCUCAGACUACUCUUUUUUUGCGGUGGCAUCAGAGGUCAGCGAGAACGGUAGCACCGGAAGGCUUGCCGAGGGGGGUCGGGAAAAUGGGACGGGACGCAGGCGAGCAAGGGACUGCAUGGCCGCCGGAGAGACGAGCGAAACAAGCGCUGCGUGCGAAUCAGAGAUAGGCAGAAGGGUAUUGAUUAGAAAACCAAGCACUGGUGCACCGACAAGAACACGGCGGAGGGGCAAGACGGACGAGCUUUCUCCCUCCUCUUCGCUUAAUGGGCGCGUCGGGCAUGACAGCGGCGCCUCAACGACGACGCCUAUCCGCAGCUCCCAUCUUCUGAAGGCGAUCUACCACCAGAAUACCCUCUUGCUGGAUCAGGUGGCGAGUCUGGAAACACUGGCAGAACACGGCACGAACAACAAUGACCGAGAUGGAACAAAGGAGCUGAACGAGCAAGGUGACCCGUCGAGAGGCAUUCGCCGGGGCAGUGGCGACAGACCUCGGUCCCCACCGCCCGAAUCAUGCCAGGAGGGCGGCGUCCGGGGGCCGGUUGAUGAGGGGGUAUCUCAAGCGACGACGAAAGAGCCGGCGAUGAAAUCGUCGUCGAACUCCACUCUUUCCGUACCCGAGGCGGUGGCGGAGGUCGCCGCGGCGGCGAGACGGGGGUCAUCGGAGGCAGCGGCGGGGGCAGCGGCGGCGGCAGUAGCAGCAGCGGUGGCUGUGCAGACGGCGGUGACAGCGGCAGGGGGGACGGUGGACAGUAUGGGAGCGGAAGGGGAGGUAGGGGUGGCGCAGAGUGGAGCGAGCAAGGAUGCGAUGUUGUGCAUGGAGAAACUCAGCUUUCUGGCGACUCAGUAG